GAAAUUGUUUUAUUUCCUUUCCCUGUAAAGGUGGAUCAAACAAGAGGAGGUACGUGCGAGGAGCAGCUCAUAUCAUGUGAGAAUUACAGAGACAUUUCGUCGAACAGGGGGACAGCCGAGCGCCCACCUUCAUGACAUGCCGUACGAGCCUACCCGCCGCGGGCGCCCACAUCCCCUCGGGACCUGCACCAGUGCAUUUACACUCGCAGUCGCCCAAACGCGCGAAUCCGUUUCCUCUCCUUUCCAUUUACCUUCUCCCGUCUCCACCAUCGCCGAAGAGCAGCGGCUAGUGAUCAUCCAUGGGGGACCUCCAUUAAUGCCACCAUUAUUGAACGCAGACGCGCCUCGUAAUUGUUGGGUUCACAGAGGACAGCAACCGUAUAGUUGUCGAUCCGCCACUGGCCGCCGGAUGAAGACGCACUGUGCCACUCUACGUGGCUCGGGCCCUCCCUUUACGACGCGUGCAUGAUUGCUUCCUGCUGUAAGCUCGCGCUCAUCGUGUUAUAAAUCGCCUUCGCCGUGAAAGCGAGCGCGCUCUGCUCCGAAGGUCGUGCACGAUGACGGCCAAGCCUCGCCGGCACGCCGCCGACCGCCUCUUCGGGACCGGACGCUCGGCCGGGGAGGAGGACCUCCCCGACCUCGACGAGGACGAGGUGCUAUGGUCCGAGGAGGACGUCUGUCGCAGAGGGGCCGAUCACCGGCGCUUCAAGUUAGCUGCAGGGGCGCUGUCGUUCGCCUUCGGCGACGGGAGCUCGCCGGACCGUCGUGCGGCGGCGUCGACGCCGGUGAAGGUCCCAGUUUGGCCCGGGUUCAUCAAGAUGGCGGCGGCGGUGGCGGUGGAGGGGGAGGAGGAGGGCGGCGGGUGGGUGCCGCCUCACGAGUACUUGGCGAGGGAGAAGGGGCGGAGUGGAUCCACGUCGGUGCUCGAGGGGGCGGGACGGACGCUGAAGGGUCGCGACGUGAUCCGGGUUCGCGACGCGGUUUGGAGUCGGACCGGGUUCUUUGGUUGAAACCCGAACCGUAAUCUAGCACUCUUAUUAUCUCAUGCAUGCAGCGUCACUUAGAUUCUGUACUAGUUUAUAUAUUAGCAUUUGAGGGCGAAAUGAAAUGAAUCACUUCGAGUUGAAUCAUGACUUUGUUUUAAAACAAUUGAAAUGAAAUGAAAAUUCGCACAUAUUUUAUCCAUCUUGCCUUCUAACCACUCAAAAUCUCUUGUACAAAUAUUAUCCACUGCGAAGGCUGAGCAGCGAGCACAAAGCCAUGGAGUCCCUCUCUUCUCCUUCCCGCGCUCUCCCAUCUCAUCAUCCCUUCCUCGCCCCCUGCUUCACCCAGCCAAGAACAACUCCGCCGCUGCAUUUUCCAAUAAAAUUUCCCAAUUACAAUCGCUACAAAUUCCUCUUCCAUGCUGCGUCUCCACUUCAUCGACCUCCCAAGAACACUCUCAGUGCAGUAGCAGAAGCAGCACCAGCAGGCGGUGACUUGACAGGCCUCAUUCAGAACGGUGUGCUGCUGCUGUCGAUCUAUUGGUUCGCCAAUUUCGUUAUUCCUGGGCUGAUGAGCAAGAAUUUUGAGCCAGUCGCUUCAGAAACAGAGAAGGAAACAGAGGAGGAAACGGCUGAGGAAGAGGAGGAAGUCAUUCAGGGAGGAGAGAUGAAACAAGGCGCGAAUCUACAAGCGAAUGUGAAGGCAAAGAGGAGAAGAGGCAGGAAGAAAACUGCCAGUUCAAGAUGAGAUUAUGAUAACUUAGUCAUUUGCAUCCCCAUUGUUAUAUCGUCUUAUUGACUGGAGAAGACAUUUUGUUGCCUUUUUUCCCCAAGAAAUUAAAGAUAUGCUUGUUCUUUAA